AUGACGGGAGCACAGUUUUCCUCUCCGGGAGGAGUCAAGUACUGCUGCCUAAAGACCUUGAACCCGUACGUGGUUCGCUGGUGCCUCAAAGUGCGCGUCGUGGAGCGCACGGACUUGAUCUCCACCAAGAAUGCGCGGCAAUUCUUUACUGCCGAUUUAAAGGACGCCUCGGGCGAAGUGAUUCGCGCGGUCUUUUGGGGCGACGCGGCGGAACAGUGGAGCCCAGUCCUCAAGCAAGGCAAAGUUUACCAGAUGAGCAAGGGCCGUGUGCAAGUGGCGAACAAGCGGUUCAACACGGUGGGGCACCAGUACGAGUUGGUGUUUUACAGAGACUCAGAAAUCGUGGAAGUUCCGGACGAAGGCGACAUUUCAACUGCUCGAAAGUUGAAGGCGCUGAUGAGCCUGCGCGACAUUGCAGAGUCCAAACGCGAGGUACCUUUCUUCGCCGACGUCCUCGUGGUCGUGGUCGAGUCCCAGCCGAUCACCUCCGUGGUCUCAAAGAAGACAGGCGAGGAGUUCAAACGCCGGAAUGUGAAAGUUGUUGAUCGCUCUCAGUACGAAAUGGAAAUCUCUCUCUGGGGCAAUCAGGUCGAUGCUCUCGAAGGCGUUUCCCUUCCUCGCGUGGUUGCCUUCACUGGGCUGCAAGUGCGCGAGUGGCAAGGCGGCCGCCAGGCGUCGACGGGAAAGGGCAGCGAAAUCCUCACCUCUCUGCAGGCGUUUGCCGGAGCCGAAAAAGACUCUCAAAGCCUCCUGCAGUGGUACAAGGAGAACAGCGGCACGAUUCGCUUUGCCUCGAUGUCGCGUAGUGGCCCAGGCGACCUUGGAGCAGCAGGUUCCCUUGAAAAGAGACGUGUGGAGGAAAAGUGCAUCGACGAAAUCAAGCAGAAGACUGACGGGGCGUUUAGUUUCAUUGGUCAGAUUCGCCGGGUGUAUUGGAGAGCGCGCAGACGAGGCGACGAAGACCGGGAUCGACCGAUGGGAGGCAGCCAGGGCGCUCCGGAUCCCCAACAGGCUGUCAUCAUGUACCCCGCAUGCAGUUCUUGUCGAAAGAAGCUGGUGGAAAACGGCGAGGGCGACUACACGUGCUACGCCUGCGACAAAUCGCACGCUCAGGCAGACUGGCGUUACAUGCUGAUGGUCAACUUUGUUGACCACACGAGCAACGUGGCGGUCCGGUGUUUCGCUGAUCAAGCCGAAGAGCUGCUCGGAGUCCCUGCCAACGAACUCCAGACCUGGCCGCUCAAGGACAAGGAGAAACUCAUGGACUGUCUCCUUCCGCUCGAUGUCUACUUCCGCGUCGUGAUUCGUGCCCGUGUGGAAACCUACAACGGCGAAGAGCGCGUUCAGCGAACAGCCAUCAAAAUCGAGAAGCUCUCGCCGGUUGAGGCAGCGCGGCGUCUUGUAACAAUGACGAAGGAGCUACUGGCCCAAGCAAGUCCAAAAGCCAAGGACGAGAUCUCCCGCAAACGCCCGGACGCGCUGAUGAGCGGAGACGAGGGAUACAGUGACGAGAACGCACCUCCAAACACUUACGUUGAGGCGGCCUAA